AGUCCAUCGCUUGCUAAGAACCUCGAGCCUGUCACUCGUUUCCUUGUCGAGAAGGCAGGGCGGCCUCUAAACGAGUUUGAGGCAGCUGGCAUUGUGGACUACAUUCAGAAGAACGUGCAAGGUUCGCCAGAUAAACCGGAGCCAUUCCGGUUCUCGACAUCUCCUUCGCGUGGAUCAUCUCCGACCCUUGGGUUCGGGACACCAAAUGGUGCAUCAGGCGACCCACACACGAAAAAGACGCUUUCGCGCAAUCCCAACGGCGUAUUGCGCUGGCAGGGCGCGGGUAGUGCCCGUCCGCGCAACCGAUAUCGAUCGCCUGGGUUUGGGUCUCGGCCUCAAGGCCCUCGUAUUGAGCUAUCUCCUAUCCGGACAUCUUCCGCAACCGAUACUAAACGCCGCCGUGUCGGCCAUGAAGCCGAGUCUUCGACUGCACAGAAGUCUGCGCCCCCAGCACCGACGUCUACAAUCGUUUUCCCAACUUCAAACUCUACUUCUCCUAUCCAUCCUGCAGUCAACGGGAAGACUCCGGUUCCACCAAUACCUGUAUCGACAUUGGCUCCGGCUGCUCCUGUUACGCCGAAGGCGAAUGGCGCGGCCACGCCUCGUUUACGCACCACAGGUCUUUCUGUAAAGCCCACGACCCCGGCUGUACCUUCACCUUUGCGACAAACGUGGAAGCAGAACGAUUCACCGCCACAGCCUCCAACACGACCUACGCGUGCCGCAAACUAUAUGACGGGGCUCAUCAAAGACGUCACUCCCCCCAAGAAACCUGACGUGUCGAACCCGUACCAGACUGCAAGUCCUGUAAAGAUGCCUACUAGGAAGCCUCCCGUCAGACGUUCGCGCCCUCCAGUACAGAACAAGGAAAAACAGCAGAAGGAACCAGAAAUGACCGCACAGGCGAUCAUUGAGGCGACAGUGCCGAAGGGAAGCAAGCGCUCAAGACCUCCGCCAGAAAUGGAGAGGCAAGAGAGACCAACUCGCGAAGUUCACGACUUACAUGUCCCGGUGACCAACGGUCACAGCAAGGCUGCAAAGCCAGCUGUCACUGUUGAAGAAGUCUCAGAUCAGGACGAAAGCCCUACCAAGAAGCGAAAGACAGCGAAACCUACUCCCGUUAGGCUGUCCGUGGAAGAGGUAGUGGAGGAGGUCGAGAUGGUUCAGGACAAAUCUACGGUUUUCACGCGGCCCACCGAGAUCAUCGAGCCGACUCAAGAGGCUACUUCGUCACCCGCGACGCCAAGCGCUUCGCCGUUCUCCUUGCUACACACUCCCUCUCCGGCUUCGCCGAUGAAGACUGCGUUUGGAGCCAAGACAUCAGCUCCUAGGCAAUCAUCCAAGUUGCGGUACAGUUACCACCCUGAUAAGGAGACUGUGUCAGCUGAGGAGAAACCUGUGUCUGAGGAGUUAGCUCCGCCGCCUGCACCGUUGCUGGCAUCCCGCAACCUUCCUAAGGGGAUACAGACCACGUCCCUGAAGACGAAGUUGCCCCCCAAGGAUGCUGUUGUGGCUAUGGAGGUCGACGAACUGCCGAAGUAUAGCUUCAAGCUUGCUGAGGCUGUCUAUCCCGCUGGGCCCAGCCACGUCAAGGCUCGCAUCGCAGUUACAAGCAUGUCUGUGCUUUCCCUUCCUACCUUUGAGUUCAAACCAGUAGCGCCAUCCACAAACGGGUUCAACUGGACUGCAGCAGGCAUGAAAGCGCCUGCUGCUACCUCUGGUACUUGGUCAUGUGGUACAUGCAUGCUGGCGAACCCUGACAGUGCCAAGGAUAAGUGCACAGUCUGCGACGCCCCUAGAUCGGGUGGUGCGUCAAAGCCUGUAGAUGUGCCUCCCCAGAAGACAUUCGACUGGUCAAAGACUGCUAUCAAAGUUCCUCCAACUAAACCUGUUGGGAAUUGGCUAUGCGAUACUUGCAUGCUUUCUAAUCCAGACAGUGUGAAGCUCAAAUGCACUGUCUGUGAUGCUCCCCGUCCUGGCGCUGCUACUGCUCCGGCUCCGGCCCCGGCUCCUACAGGUUUUGAUUGGUCUGCUGCAGGGAUGAAGGCCCCAGGCUCAACGACGGAUAUGUGGAGUUGUUCCGUCUGCAUGCUGCAGUCGCCUACCAGCGCGACGAAGUGUACAGUUUGUGACACUCCUCGGGAUACGAUGGAUUGA